AUGGGUGAUCUUCCCAAGGAAAGAUCAAGGUUUAUUCGCCCUUUCGCGAACUCAGGUGUUGACUACUGCGGUCCCUUUUUGAUCAAAGAGAAAAAGGAAAGAAAUAGAAAUAAAGUAAAGGUUUACGUAUCCAUCUUCGUGUGCCUGUCAACAAAGGCGGUGCAUUUAGAGUUGGUGAGUGACUUAAAAUCUUACUUAAAUUAUUUAACCACCGAGGCGUUUCUUGCAGUUUUAAGGAGAUUUUUCAGCCGCAGGGGCAAGGCAAAUCUUUUAAUGUCUGAUAAUGCCACUAACUUUGUUGGUGCAAGAAACGAGUUACGAGAUUUAGGCAAAUUUAUUAACACUAAUAAAACUGCGAUAGUGCAUCGGUUGAGUGAACAGGGGGUAGACUGGAAAUUCAUACCCCCGCGGGCGCAUCAUUUUGGAGGAUUGUGGGAAGCAGCAGUGCGUUCCUUUAAAUAUCACUUGUACCGCGUAAGUAAGCACACUUUAUUUACAUUUGAGCAGUUCAAUACGUUAAUCAUAGAGAUAGAGGCCAUCUUGAACUCCAGACCUUUGACACCUUUGUCCACCGAACCGGGUGAUCUGGCUGUAUUGUCUCCGGGUCAUUUUUUAAUUGGAGAUUCUCUUUUAUCUGUUCCCGAAGCCGAUUUCACUGAUACUCCCAGCAAUAGGCUUGCUCACUGGCAACAUAUUCAGAAACUAAAACGCGACUUCUGGGUCAGAUGGAAUAAAGAGUAUCUGACCGAAUUGACACAGCGCACUGUAAAAAGUAGGGAGCGAUCUCCCGAGUUGCAAGUAGGCGAUUUAGUUAUAUUAAGGGAAAUUAACGCGCCACCUUUGUAUUGGCCUACAGGGCGAGUUGUAAAAUUGUAUCCGGGUAAUGACGACAUUGUCCGAGUAAUAGAGGUGAAAACAGCUAAUGGCAUCUACAAGCGUGCGGUAAAAAAUGUAGCACUCUUGCCUAUACAACGCAAUUAA